CUAGACUUUGUGGAAGUUAAUAUUUCUUUGAGUUAUUUAUUUUAUUAUCGCGAGAUAUCACGUGAACAGCGCGCAAACACGCAGCGUGGGCGGCCAGCUAAUAUUGUUUCAUCGAAGUAUUCCGUUUUUCAAUUCUCAAACACCAGAAAGCAGCAAGAUGACAGCAAAUGGUGCCACAAACGAUGGUCAUGAGGAAGUGGAGAAAAAGCCAGGAGUAGUGAGAAAGAUUUCAAAAAUCACUUUUACUGUUGGGCCUAUUCGUCAGGAGGAUUUGUCUACACCUGAAUUGAACAAAUUGAUGGCUAUGGCUCAGAGAUUUGAUAUCACCUUUGAUACUGUUCCCAUUCUCGACUCUGAUCAGACUGACAAGCUUGGAUACAUUACCUUACCAUUUGAAAUCCGAACCCAAGAGUACUUGUUAGUGUUGUAUGACCGCUUGACAAACCUGAAGCUCAGUCCUUCUAGAGAUGUUUCUGUGAAGUUCCCUGACGAGCUAAGGAGACAUGUGGAAGAGGUAAGGACUCAGAUACAUGAGGCCAAGAAGGUGAAAAUAGAAGAAGAGAAAAAGAAAGCUGAGAAGAUGAAGAGAAGCCUGUUUGCAACUUACGUAGACAAGGACACUGGCAAAGACCAGCUUGUAGAGAAAUUUCCAGAGGCUAAAGAAAUCACUCUCAGACAACACAACUUCCAAUGGUUUGGAUGUCUGGAAUUUGAAACUGCAGAAAAAGCGCUGGAGACGCUGAAGGCAAACAAUGUGAUAGAGAUUGAAGGACAGAAGGUGAAACUAGUCAGAACAGCCCCCGAUUUUGAAGAGAGGAAGUCGCAAAGCUCCAGACCUCAACAACAGAAUCGUAAACGACCUAAUACUGCAGGAGGACGCAUGGGUGGUGGUGGUGGUGGCCGUGGAGGCGGUAGUGGACCCAAGCCUCUGUUGUCAAUGAGUCCAGGAAGUAGAGGAUAUGGCCGAGGUGGUGGUGGAGGAAUGGGCAUGGGAGGAUAUGGCGGAGGUUUUGGAGGAGGAUAUGGAGAUUUCGGCGGCGGUUAUGGUGGUGGCUAUGGUAACCAAGGAUACUCAGGAGCUGGUAACUUUCAACUAGGUGCGAAGCGCAAAUCCAAUUUAGGAGAUUUUGGGGGGUCUCCCAAAAAACCUUUUGGUACACCUCAAGGUGGCUAUGGUGGUGGUGGACGAAGUGGCGGAGGAAAUUGGGGAAGAUUCUAAAAAUCUGAAACUCAUCGUAAUCUGUGGCUGAAAUUUAUUUUGUGGAUUAUUUAGUUUCUAAUGUAAAGAUAAUGCAUAGAGACUUGAAAGUGAUUGGUUAUUAUUUCAGUAUAUUCUUUUGUAAAAUCAUUGUCAAUGGUAUUGUCAUUAAAGUUGAUGAAUUUUUCAUUUGAUUAUUGAUACACUCUUUUUACUAGAUGUCAGUUAGUUCAAUAGAAUUAUGUAAACAUAACAUCCUCAUGGUGUUCAAACAAGGAUAAAAGACAUUCUGCAUAGUCGUCGUCAUGUGAAAGAGUUAGUGUUACUCCUUUGAUUUUUGUUUAACAAACAUUGCUGACUGAAUAAAAUUUAAAGACCGCUGUGCAAGUAAACGGUUAACAAGAGAUGUUGAAACAAAAAGAAUCAAGAAACUUACGUUGCAGAGAAACUGUCGUCACGUUUUCCUUUGGAAAUCAAAUAAAACUGAAAUUUGUUGGUACUAUACAGACAUAGCGUACUGAUACUCCAAGAAAAUUUAACAUAUUCCUAUCGAGUACUGUUAAGUUAGUGUUAACCGAUUUACUCUUGCUGUACUUUGCAUUAGCUUCUACACCAAAUCUAUUUACCUUUUUGGCUUUCUGUCUGGCUUGAAUAGCUUUUAAAUGUCGCCCCGCGUUGUCAAGAUUUUCUGUGAACAUUUCAUAAUAUAAAAAAAAGAAUUUAGUUUUGUAAUGCUGUUGUAAUCCAGGCAUUUUUAUUGUUUUAAGUAUACUCUAAAUUGGAGGUAAAAUAUUUUUGUUUCGUUUUAGAUUUAUUUGGUGAAAUAAAAUCAUUCCUAUCUA